UUAGUACACACAGUUUUUAAUUGGCACUACAAGGUAGUGCACAUUAUUUAAAAUGCAGCGUUGGAAAAACAAAGUAGCUGUUGUGACCGGUGCUAGUAAUGGUAUAGGAGCAGCUUGUGCUCAAGCGCUUGUGCAAGCUGGACUGACUGUUGUGGGCUUAGCAAGGCGCCAGGAUCGUAUAAUAAAUCUAAAAGAAGAACUACCGGAAUCAACAAAAAGUAAUUUGCAUGCCAUAAAAUGUGAUGUUUCAGUUGAAGAAAGUGUUUUGGAGGCCUUUAAAAGUGUUAAGGAUAAAUUUGGUGGAGUCGAUAUUUUAAUAAAUAAUGCUGGCAUAAUUGCUACAACUCAGUUGAGCCAAACUGAUAAUACCAAAGAAAUACGACAAACUGUUGAUACUAACAUAAUGGGUACUGUUUACUGUACUCGCGAAUCAUUUGAAUCAAUGAAAGAGCGAAAUGCCUCUGGACAUGUGAUUAUAAUAAAUAGCGUGGCAGGACUUCAAGUACCGAACUUAGGUCCCCAAUUACCAUCACUUAAUAUAUAUCCUGCUACUAAAUUUGCACUACGAGCAAUGAAUGAGAUAUAUAGACAAGAAUUUCAACGUGACAAUACAAAAGUGCGAAUAUCCACUAUAAGCCCCGGCAUAGUGGACACUGAUAUACUACCACCCAAUAUACAAUCCAUAGUUAAAGGCAAUUGUCCAAUGCUGCGUUCAUCCGAUGUGGCUGAAACUAUGUUAUGGAUAUUAAAUACACCUCCGAAUGUGCAGGUGCAAAAUGUAACUAUAAAACCCAUGGAUGAAAAAUUUUAAAACAAAUCAUCGUAAUCAAUAUAGAUUUUGGAGUUAUGUAAAACGAAAUAUUUAAACUUCAUUUCUAAUGGAAGGAUUACGCCUUAAUUUUUAAAAAUCGACAAUCGUUAAAA